ACACUUGAUAACUUAGGUUAUUAUUCAUCAUCUUGAAGUCAUGUGGCUAAAGAAAGAUUUCAUUAUAUUUGCUACUCUAUUUUACCAUUUCUCGAUCGUUUAUGGCUGCCAUGAAACAGAAAGAGCAGCUCUGCUAAGCUUCAAAUCCUUGCUAACUGAUCCAUCUGAUCGGUUAUCUUCAUGGCAAGGCAAAAACUGUUGCAAUUGGAAAGGAAUCAAGUGCUCAAGUUCAGGUCGUGUUGUAGUUGUCAACCUCCGGAAUCCUAAUCCGGUUGAAGUCACGAUCAAUAUCAAUAAAGAACUUGUUUCAAAUUCUAACAACACAUCUGAUUUUGCCCUUAAAGGUACUAUAUCUCCAUUGCUUUUCACUCUUAACCAUAUGCAACAUCUCGAUUUAAGUUUCAACAACUUCAUGUUCUCAAAGUUACCUGUCGAGAUAUCAAACUUAACAAAGUUAACUUAUCUCAAUCUGUCAAAUGCCAUGUUUCAAGAUUCCAUCACCGCACAAUUCUCAAACCUUACAUCUCUAAGGUCUCUUGAUCUUUCGUGUGCUCAUUCAGUACCCGAUUUUUCUUCUGUUUCUGUUAGCUUGACGUUUCCACUGAAGUUGGAUUAUGGCUUAUUGUUCUCUUUUAUAAGCUUUGGUCAUUUGUCUAGUCCGAAUCUAACGUGGUUAGAAGGACUCCGACAUCUCAGAUAUCUAGUAUUGACUGGUGUUGAUCUAUCAAAGGCGUCCGUAUCAUAUUAUUGGGCUAAACCAAUUUCAACCCUUUCAAAUCUCAUGUCACUUCAAUUGUCCAACUGCAAGAUUUCAGGAAGGAUUCCUAUAGGGCAAUUACUUAACCUUACUAAUCUUUCUAAUCUCAAUAUGAGUUCUAACGUUCUAACAUCCCCGAUACCUGAUCUGCUAUCGAACCUCACAACCCUCUCGGUUCUUGAUUUUAGUGGAAACAACUUAGAUGGUCAUAUCCCUUACAUUCCUCAACUCAAAGAACUUUCCGUUUCUAGCAAUCCAGAUAUGACCAUCGAUCUUGUUUCAAUGUUUUCAGUCCCGUGGUCAAAGUUGAUGCUCCUUGAUAUCUGCUUUGUUCGUGUAGCUGGACCGAUUCCUCCUUCUUUAACCAACUCAACUUCAUUAACAUCUUUCCGAGCUGAUGGAUGCUCGAUCCACGGGUCGAUACCUUCUUCUAUCACUAAACUUAAGAGAUUAAGUGUGUUGAUGUUGAACGACAACGAAAUCACAGGUCAACUUCCUGUAUCUUUGUCUAGUUUAAUAAGCCUUCAUUACUUAUCUCUAUUUCAGAACAGAUUAGAAGGUCCUAUUCCUGUUUCGAUUUGUCAGAUCCCCUCCCUCAAGUACCUGAAUUUAGAAUGGAAUGAUCUAACAGGACGACUUCCGUUGUGCAUACUUCAGCUUCCUAAGCUUUCAUCUCUUUAUAUUCAGAGGAAUAACCUGAAUGGUAAUUUGCCAUUGUCUUUAUUCCGAAAAUCUAGAUUGAAUGAAAUUAGCUUAGGAACGAGUGGAUUGUCAGUGCAAAUCGACGAUCAAGAUCAAACCUUCGAGCAAACGUUCCAUCCGACAAUUUUGGAUUUUACAUCUUGCAACAUGAGAGGAGAAAUCCCGGAUUUCUUUUCGAAUUUCACAAGCCUCGUGGUUUUAAAUUUGGCUAACAAUAGUCUAUCGGGCGCCAUACCACAUUGGUUGUUCAAUCUCCCUGCCCUCUCUAUACUAGCUUUGCCUAUGAAUAACUUCAAGGGAUUUAUACCUCCAACGAUUCAGCUGAAAUCUUCUCGUUUCCCAACAAUAGUAAAUUUAGCAAGAAACAACCUUCAAGGCCCAAUCCCUACUCAGCUCGAGAAUGUUAAUGUCAUCGAUUUGUCACUCAACAAUUUCGUAGGCACAAUUCCAUCAAGGAUAGGAGAAGUUCCCGGUAUCAGGUCCGUAUCAUUAUCCGGAAACAAAAUUCAGGGUCCAAUACCUGAAUCAUUUUGCCAAUCGACGAACGUUCUCCAGGUUCUUGAUCUGUCUAAUAAUAGCUUGUCAGGCACCAUUCGACGUAAUCUGGGAAAUUGCAAAUCUCUGAUUUACCUUAAUCUUGGACAAAACAAGCUCACUGGAAGUGUUCCAAAAGAACUUGAACGCGUUACAAGCCUUUGUUACCUUGACCUGAAAGGGAAUCAGUUCGAAGGAUCUUUUCCAAGAGUCAUCGAAAACUUUCAAGAUUUGGAGAUCCUGAACUUGGCAGGCAAUAGAUUCAAAGGACGGAUACCAAAUUUCAUUGGUGACCUGCACCACCUCCGUAUCCUCGUGCUUGCAUCGAACACUUUCAACGAAUCUAUCCCGGCAGGGCUAAUGAAGUUGGAAAAUCUACAAUAUAUCAGUUUGGCUAACAACAAUCUGUCGGGUCCCAUUCCUGAUAAUCUUGAUGGCUUGAAAAUGAUGACGAAAACACAAAAUGAAGCGAAAAUCAUAGGUUAUCUUUACUCACUCAAGUUCACUGGUGCUCAGCUAGAAAUAGUCACCAAAGGACGAACACAUCUUCUUGAGUCAGUUUAUUCCUACAACACUGGAUUCGAUAUCUCGAGCAAUGCUCUUACUGGUAAAAUCCCUGAAAUGAUUGGCCUUUUGAGUGGACUCCCAUUGCUAAACCUCUCACAUAACAAUCUUUUUGGACUGAUUCCAAAGACUAUAGGCGGGAUGAUUUCACUCGAGUCGUUGGAUCUCAGCGACAACCAUUUGACAGGUGAAAUUCCAGUGACAUUGACAUUGUUAGAUUUUCUUCAACAUCUCAACUUGUCUUAUAACAAUUUGAGCGGGAAAAUUCCAAGAAAUCCACAUUUUGACACUUUGUAUCAAGAUGGGACAGCAUAUAUUGGGAAUAAAUACUUAUGUGGUACUCCUGAUGGGACGAAUUGCAGUUACAAUGGACCCUCUAUUACUGAAAUAAUAGAGGACAUAUAUGAUCAAGAAAAUGUCCUUUUUGUUUUAGUUAUAUUCUUGGGCUAUGUAACAGGAAUUUCUGGAUUGUUUUUGCUCUUAUAUUUGAUGAAGGAAAAUUGGAGGAACAUGUACUGGAGAGCAGUAGACAGAAUUGUGUUAAAAAUAGUGAAGAAAUUGUUAUAAGAGGAUAAUAAGGAGGAGAUUGUUAUACAUGAAUUACUACCUUUAAAAAGGCAUUUUGAUAUAUUAGUUCCCGCAUUGUUAAUAUAUGUAACCAUAUUCUACAUUUUAUCUUGCAUAAAAUAAU